GAUGUUAAGUUUCGUUUCUCCGAGCCUCAGCUGAUCUCGGUAUAAACAGAGCAGCUGCAGCAGAGCGACGCUCAGAAGACGAACGAACAUUCGCUUCAGUGUUUCCUGCGAGAAGCUUCUCAAAUAUCGGAUCAUCGAUCAACAUGGGCUCAUCAACAGAAUGGAUUCCUUCCUUGUGGAUGGAAAUCUUUGAUGAACUGCUGGAUGAUGACAAUGAGUUGGACUAUGGAGACUCAUGGACUCUCAACUUCAACUACAGCCAGACAGACGAAGUCACCAAGGAGGAGAGGAAGAGAGGCUGGAAGGUCUACAGCCACUGUGGCUUUGGAAAAUUUCAAUGUGACUUGUGCAACAAAACGUGGCCUUCAGCACGUGUCAUGAUAUUGUUCCGUUACCGGCUGCGGAGCGACCGGGGGACGGUGAUCAUGAGACCCUUCCGACAGGCCUGUCGCCGUUGCCAUGGUGAUUCGUUUGUGUUCCCUGGUUUCUCUGAGAAUGAGGUGGAGCGGGCUUUGCUGAGGCUGUUCUCCAAGAUCCGGAAGAACUGCUAUGAUGACGAGGACGACAGCGAUGGAGGCUCAGCCGGCUCUCAGAAAGUGUUCACCAAACCCCACGAGAAGGACCUGUGUGAGGGCUGCCUUCAGGGCAUUUGCUGCCAGGAUGAGGACUAGGAAUGUGUGUGUGUGUGUGUGUGUGUGUGUGUGUGUGUGUGUGUGUGUGUGUGUGUGUGUGUGACAGUGUGACAGUCUGAUCUGGGGUUGUUUGCUGGUCAACUGCGAUGCUCCAUUUCUAGUUGUACUUGACCUUUUCCUUAAUAUUUUAAAGCUGACUCAUGUUAUUAUGUUGCUUUAUCAUGUUAUGAAUAUAAUUCCCUUUAGUAAGGUUCUAAACAUUUUGUACGAUAUCUUUUUGUGUAAAUACUUUGUGAUUGCUAAUAAGUCUGACCAAGUUGUACUGCUUUACUUCAUUUUCCCCCCAACAUUUAUUCCAUAGCUCUUCCAGGUAAUUUGCUGAUAAAGGUUGAAAUACGGGAGUUAUAGAUAAAAAAUGAUCUCCGACUUGACCACUGACGACAUUGACAUGGUGGUUUUACAUUAGAACAUCUCUACUAACAGUCCAGUAAUAUAAUACAGGAGUUUCCUACUUCAGCGUCCCACUAUAUUGAAGUGAAUAUUAAUUUAUUAUAGUUUUUUCUGUUUACUGCACUUUAUAUGAAACAGCAUCAGCAAGGUACUUAAAAAAGCCAAGUUUUUUAAACACAUUUCAAUUACAGUUUAGCUUUCUGCUCUCUGUGAGUGCAAGAACUAGAAAAUAACAGUGCUUUGGCUUGUAAAUAAAGCCAGUUUUUAAAUGUCUCUUUGCUGCCUGUAUUGUGUUUGGAUCUUUUCACUUCAUAAAAAUCAAAUAAUUUUGUGAUUUGCAUUGUGCUGCCUAGACUCUUACAUUCUAUAUCUGUUUAUACCAGCUGUUCACUGAAGCUAUAUGUUGUUGAUGGAAGGCUGCUGCUUGUGAAGGAGUUUUAAUAAAUAAAUAAAUAUGUACAUUUUA